GAUAAGGGGCCGCCCAUUACUAAUCAAACCUCAGGUGCUAUCUGGGCAGUGAAUCAUUUUUUAAUUGAUUUUGCCAUCAUAAAGGCGCCUUAUCUGGGCCGAAAAAUUGGAUUAUUCGAUAGUGUGUGACAUACGUAGCCAAUUAGUCAGCAUGCCCGUGAUGCCCAGUGACUUAUAAAUAGAAAGUUUGCGGAAACAAGUGCAUUUGUAAAGUAAAUAUUCGUAUUGCAGUCGUAUUUAUACGGAAAGCCAAACAAAAAGCCCCCUUACUAGCCGUGUUAAAUUGCAAUUACCGGCUAAAACGCAAAGCGAAGUGUUAAAAUGCUACCUGUAAAAGUGAAACGCAGCGCGAUGCAGAGGAAUCCAGUCGCGGUGACAGUCGGAGGAGGAGGAUCCACUGAUGCCAGUGACCAGGAGGAGCGCAAGUCACUGGCCAGUGCCGCCGAAUACAUGAGGAACUUCAAGAACAUAAUAGCACCGGGCAAUGAGGCCUCCAUGACCAGGGAGUUCAAUCCGCAGGUGGCCUACGAAUUCGAAAAGUAUCUCAAUCCGCAGAAACUCAAGCAGCACGUCCUCAAGAGCGAGAAGCUGCGAUCCGUGCUGGAGCACUAUGCCAAGGAAUCGGGCCAGCCGGUGAAGCAGCUGGAGCGGCAGGCCAAGGCGAUCAUCGAUGAGAUCGGUCUGGAGCGGAACAUGGCCAUCAUCCGGUGGUGCGGCAUAGCCAUCACGGCGAUAGGCAAGAGGAUCUGCGAUGGCUUCUACGUCAAUUCGGCCAGCAUGGCCAACGUGCGCAAGGAUAUGGGCAAGUGCCCGGUGCUCUAUCUGCCCAGUCACCGCAGCUACAUGGACUUCAUCCUCAUGUCGUACAUCUGCUACUACUACGACAUCGAGAUUCCUGGAAUAGCAGCCGGAAUGGAUUUCCACUCAAUGUUUGGAAUGGGCACAAUGCUGCGAAAGACUGGAGCCUUCUUCAUGCGCCGCAGCUUCUCCAACGACGAGCUGUACUGGGACAUUUUCCGGGAGUACAUGUACGCUCUGGUGGCCCAUUACCACAUUGGCGUGGAGUUCUUCAUUGAGGGCACGCGCUCCAGGAACUUCAAGGCCCUGGUGCCCAAAAUCGGACUCCUUUCGAUGGCCCUGCUGCCAUAUUUCACUGGCGAGGUCCCGGAUGUGAUGAUCGUCCCGGUUAGUGUGGCCUACGAGCGUGUCCUGGAGGAGCAACUGUUCGUCUAUGAGCUGCUGGGCGUGCCCAAGCCCAAGGAGUCCACGAAGGGUUUCUUCAAGGCCCUGAAAAUCAUCGACGAGCGCUUCGGCAAGAUGUUCCUGGACUUUGGUGAACCCAUCUCUGUCAAGGAGUUCUUCGGACACGACAGUGGCCAGCGGAUGCAGCGAGCGGGUGUGGGAGGUCACCUGCAGAAGCUGAACCGCCAGGAAGUGGAACUGGUCAAGCAGCUGGCCAACGAGAUUAUCUACCAACAGCAGCGCCGCAUUGUGAUCACCACCUUCAAUCUGCUGACUCUAUACUACGCCAGUCAAUUGUACGCCCAAAAGAGUGUGAAUAUCGACGAGCUAGCUCGAGGAGUACUGCAUCUCAAGCGGAUCUUCGAGCAGCUGGGAGCCCAUGUCAGCACUACUCCUGGAAGCAUUAAGGCGGACAUCAUAGAUGCCGUGGAGAUUCAUUCAAAUAUUUUGCACUUUGCCACUGCUCGGCUGCAAUUCACACCCAUGGCAGCCAAGCAAUUGGCUGAACAGAUCGAUGUCAAACGCUUGAAGGCUCAUGCCCUCUGUCCACAAACCAUGGCGGUGGCCGUGCCCAUGCUGGCCCUGCAGCUCUACAUAAAUCCCUGCAUGUUCUGGCUGGCCAGACCCGCCUAUCUGCUGCUGGCCGCGCUCAAGGAGCAGAGGAACCAGGAGAAGUCAACGGCGGACAUCUCGUACGAUGCCAGUUUGAGUGCACUGCAUGCGCAUGUGACCACCAUGGAUGCCCUGUUCCAGCACGAGUUCAUCAUCGAAUCGAACCGCGAGGCAGCCGAGUUUGAGACACACCUGCAGCUGCUCCUGGACGAGCGGGUGGUGGAGGUGGAGCAGAGCGGACGCAUCAGGGUGCAGGAUAAUGAGUGCUCGCAUGUCAUACUGGCCGCCCUGGCGCCGUUCCUGUGCCUCUACUACCAGCUGGUGGUCACCUUAAGAAAGAUCCCGCUGGAGUUCGAGUUCAGUAACAAGGACCUUCUUGUGCGCGUGCAGCAGCAUGUGGAGCAGCUGCUCCAGCAACCCGGUGGCCCUCCCUCCCAUGUGCAUCCAUAUUGUCUGGCGUUGGACAACCUCAACAUAGCCAUAUACGCUUUGAUCCAGAGGGGUUACAUUCUGAAGUGUAAGGACUCGGGGCAGAUGAAGAUCGCCGGAUCACCAGGAAAGUGCCUGAGGGAACUGGAAAACCAGCUCCUCGAGUACUGCCAACUAAUGCCAUUCGCUCAAUACUCGACGGCGGCCAACCAGCAGGCCCAGUUCCACAUAGCCAAGUUAUAACUGGCAAACGGCAAGAGGCCGGCGGGGGAGACGACGCCUAGGGAUGCGGAAAGCGAUCCCAAUCCCGAUGCAGCGUCGAAGCCCCAAGAGUGUAGUACAAUUAGCAUUUCAUUGUUCAUGCAGUUCAUCCAGUUUGUUGUCGGCCUGCUCAAGAAUUGUCGCAUCAUCUGCAUUCUGUUUUUUAUUGUGGUGGUGGCGCCGCUUUGGCAGCUGCUCCACUGGGUCAUCGAAUCCUCCCACUCAUUCACGUAGGUUUAGGGGUGUCUGUACAGGAUGGGUCGAUUUUAAAAGUUCUAAGUUGUGUACUUUUUGUCAAAGAAGGAUUUUAAUGAGGCUUAACAGCUUCAAGAUAUUCUGCCUAAUGAUUAUUAUUAUUUUUUGGCCUAAAAAUACAUUCCCCAUUUGUACUAUAAUUUUAACAAGAGUCAUUAACCAAUAAAAUCAAAACAAAUAUAAAAAUAAAAACCAAAAAUACUUGACUGGAGUAAAACACAAUUACUACUGUCCUAACAAGAUUGCCAUGAAAUUCUUUGACAAAAAACAUCGAUCCAUCCUAGAGUGUGCAUGUAUCUAAGUGCUUAGAAUAUCUUAAUCUUAGAAACUGAAAUUUUGUGUCUAGUUUGCCAUAAAAACAAAUGAAACUUACAAAACCGCCAAAACAUACACUUGCAAGAUAUCGAAUUUCGAUCAGACAUUUUUGUAUAUAUUAACCGGUAAUGGUAGAUCCCAUCGAAAUAUAUAUUUCAUAUAUUUUUAGCCGAGGAAAUCCUAGCAAUGUUGCCCAACAAAAUGCACACUUUUACGUUAACUUCAAAGCUCAACUCGAUAAUCACAUUUUUGUAAUAUUUUUUUUAGCUUAACCAUCAAUCUUUAAAACUCCCAUGAAGGCAAACAGUCAUUUAAACUAUUUAAAUUGUUCAAGAGAGUGAUGGACGCAUUUUAUAUUUUUUAAGGGUUAUGUUCGUGUACGUUUUUGUUAUUUUAAGCUGGUGUUAAGUUUUUUUCAUUAUUUAAUCUUAAGUUGCCUAUGCUCAUCAGCCAUGGAUUAUUUUUAAAUAUUCUAUUGUGCCAAUAAAAAGUCAGUACCACAAAAAAAAAUUUAAAAAGGCGAGCCACAAAGCUUGCCCAUAGAUAUAUUUAAAAGCGGUUGGUUCGAAAUCUGAUCCCACGCGGAUUCAGUUCCGAUUAUUCCUAGAGAAAAACGCAGCACAAAAAUGUCCGCGAAGUGCAAUACACAUGUUCUGUUUAAUGAUAUUUUUAGACAUUGUUUCGUUUUAUUUUAAUGGUAGUUACUUUUAUAUUUAAAAAGAAUUUAAAACGAGAAAACAACACCAAUCCUAACUACACCCGCUAAUAACUAAACCAACAAAAAAACGAGAGCAAUAAUAAAAAAUGUAGUCGGUGCCACUUGCGCCUCAGAAACUUGA